CUGCGUCCAGAAAUCGAAGCAAAGAGAGGUCAAAGGAAACGGAAGCCGGGCGGUUAUUAAUUACAUGGCUAUGUUCACUGCAGCUAAUUGUACAAAAACCGUCGUUGCUUCUGAUCUAAGUAGAGGACCAACGGAUAUCAACACCGUCUGUCAUGUCGUACUGUAAGCAAGAGGGUAAAGAUCGUAUCAUCUUCGUUACCAAGGAAGACCAUGAAGCACCUAGCAACGCCGAGCUCAUUGCAGAUGACCCCAAUGACCCCUACGAAGAUCAGGGCCUGAUUCUGCCUAGUGGGGAGAUCAACUGGAACUGUCCAUGCCUGGGAGGGAUGGCUAGCGGGCCCUGUGGCACACAGUUCAAGGAGGCCUUCUCCUGCUUCCACUACAGCAAUGAGGAGGUGAAGGGUUCAGAGUGUAUCGACAACUUCCGCGCUAUGCAGGAGUGUAUGCAGAAGUACCCUGAGCUCUACCCACAGGAGGACGAGAAUGAGGGAGUCGCCGCGGGAGGGGCAGAUGCUACUGCCGUGGGAGGGGCUGAUGCUACUGCCGUGGGAGGGGCUGAUACCACUGCCCCUGCGCCUGCUGAGGGCUCUGCCCCCGUUGAUUCUACUUCACCUGAGCUGGCAGAGGACUCGUCCUCAGCACCAGUGGCGUCUAGUGACUCUACCCUGUUCUCCCCAACACCUGAGUCUGCCCCGUCAUCCGACAAUACACCCCCCACAGACAGCCAGGCUGCCAGCUAAAAUCACCCACUCUCCACCAUCCCCCGGUCUCUCCCUGAAACCACUGCCGUGCACAGACCACUCUCUGGGGAGAUCAGCUUUGUCAACUGAUGCCUCAGACCUGUUCUCUUGGUUCAACAUUCAUCAUUACUUUUAAAGGGGGCCUAGAACUGCAGAGGAGUUAAGUCUCCUACAGGGAAUAUGCCUAGAACUGCAGAGGAGUUAAGUCUCCUACAGGGAAUAUGCCUAGAACUGCAGAGGAGUUAAGUCUCCUACAGGGAAUAUGCCUAGAACUGCAGAGGAGUUAAGUCUCCUACAGGGAAUAUGCCGUGAGAAGAGGAGGACAAUACAAAAGAAAUACACAUCUUUUUUCUUAUGCUUUUUUUUAUCCAGUGGUUGUUGAGCUACUGAUGUUCCUACAGCGGGGAGUUUGUAGAGGAGGACUUGUUCGCUGAAGGGGACUUUAGUUAAAGGUUUCUCAUCCAAAACAAUUUAGCUGCUUAUUAUCAAGCUUCAAAUCAGAUCAUUUGUGCCAUUCUAUGUUAAUUCUACACUGGAGGUGUGUAACCUACUAUCAAUGUUACUGGUCAGACUAGUUUGUGAUCACUUGACUUAAUGUUAGGCUUGGGCGGUAUACCUCAUACCAGGGUAUUUGGAAAUAGUCGGGAUGUUUUUUUUCAAUACUGUUAAUAGCAUUGAACAUUUAAACUAUUUAUUUUAUGUUUUAAUUUUAAUAUUUGUUGCUAAUUUUUAAGUAAAUACCCACACAGUCAACUUGUGCAAUACUUUAGGAGAUAAAGCAUGUUGCGUUCUUCAUUUCACCGGUAGUUCUUCAUUUCACAUAGGUCCCCAGAAGAGUUGAGACAAUCACGUGGUUGUUUGUAAAUAGCACAACUGGAGAAAGCGGGAGUUGAGAACAGCUGUGACGGGUCGCGUUGUAUAUUGAAUCAGAAAGUCGUGUUUUUUUUGCUUCAAUAAAGUGAUCAGGGAAGUGCAACUAUAGUUUUCCUUCAGAAAAAAUACGUUAGUGCAACACAUUAGGCAGAAAAAAGCUUCAUUGUAAUCAGAUGACAAAAGUAGUGCAACGCUAUUUGGCUGGCAGUCACACGAGUAAAUGAGCUUGCAAUGAAAAGGCAAGGUAUUUUUUGAAAAAAUAAUGCAUGGCCAUCGUGUGCCUGUUUAUCAUAGAAAGAAUGUAGCCAGCUACAUUUCCUAAUGUUUUGCUUAAAGUUAAUAUUGGAGUUAAUCUUUUACCGAAGAAAAGUAGGCUGGCUACACCGAUAAAAGUAGCUUCACAUCAGUCAGAGCACUGUCUGCUGAUAUAAUGCCCAUUUGUGAAGAAGUGGAGAAGUGCAAUUGAAGCACAAAUUGAGUAUGAUGCAGAGCAGAAAUUACAUUAAGUAGCAUUUUACGUCUGCGUUUACAAAACGCUGCAAGAUAUUUAUUUUUUAAAUUUAAAUUCUGCAUUAAAUUGGCUCCCGAGUGGUGCAGCGGUCUAAGGCACUGUUUCUCAGUGCAAGAGGCGUCACUGCAGUCCCUGGUUCGAGUCCAGACUGCAUCACAUCCAGCCGUGAUUGGGAGUCCCAUAGGGUGGCGCACAAUUGGGCCAGCGUCGUCCGGGUUUGACCGUGGUAGGCCGUCAUUGUAAAUAAACAUUUGUUCUUAACUGACGUGCCUAGUUAAAUAAAGGUAACAUUUUUAAAAUUAAAGUGACCCCUAAAUUUAACUUGCUAGUUAAUCUAAGUAAAUUGCUGAAUUAAUAAAGUGGAGGCAUCAUAUCGUGUUAGCUUUCUGCCGUGUUCUCCCAUCUUCUCAGAGCAAGCAAGCCAGUUGCACUAGCGACUCCAGACUCCACACAGGCACAAUGUGUAGUCUACACAUGCUGCUUCAGAGCCAGUACUGUUCUUCCUUCAGACAAGCAUGCAUCAGAACUUUGCACAGUGUCUCACGUUCACAUUCACUUGUAAAUGUCCAAACUCACCAAAAAUAACAUUUUGUAGCUCCUAACUAUAUAUGUAUAACUUUAUGAGCUGGAUUGCCUGUUUUUGCAAUUCCUUUAUUUUCGUUGGCGCCCGUUAGCAUAUUUAGUCAGCCCCCGUUGAAAUUCGCUAUUACCUGUGCUAAUUUUGUUAGCAUUCUGUUAGACGCCCAAUGUUUGUUUGUUUUUGCUGUGUUUUUGCGCCGCCUUGUGUACGAAGCCUGUAAUACCGUAAUAUCAGGGUAUGCGAAAAGGAUGGUAUGAUAUGAAAAUCUGGAUACUGCCCAACCCUACUGCAUGUUUGUGUUUGACAGAUUAUGGUAAGAGAUAGGAUUAAAGCUUGAUUACUCUUGUGUACUAAAUUGCUGCUCAAAGAUCAUGUGACAUUUUAAGUUUUGUCAAAAGUCCUGAAUGUUGCUGUUGGCAUGAUGUUUUUCCACCAAUCUGUUCUUUGAUUUUUACCUCACUAUUACUUAAUAGAUUUUUUCCAUCCAAUGACCACCCUUCAUAACCCAUAUACCUGAAUAAAGUGGAAGUCCAUUGUC